GAAAUAGUGGACAGGUUUAUCUCUCAGGGAGAAACACAGGGACAUUUGGAGAAGAUGAAGGCAGAAAAUGAGAGAAUGCUGCUUGAACUGAAGGAAGAGAGGAAUACAUCACAGACUCAGUUUCAGGAUGUAAAAUACUCACGAGAAACUGAAUUCUCAAGCGUCCGACAGGUGCUACAGGGAUGUGAGGAUGACCUGCAGCAGGAGCAGCAGCAUUGUGAUGCAGCUAAAGAUGGCCUGGAUAGACUCACACAAGCACUAAACACUGUCAAAGCAGGAGUGCAGCAGCUCAGUGACAAACUACAGCCCAUACCACUG